CCAUCUCAAGCUUAUUCUCUCAAUAGGCAUAGAAAAGUUCCUCUAUACCUACACCUUCCUCUGUACCUACUCCUCUCACUCUUUAUUUCAGAGCCUUUUGGGCAAAACCAAGCUUCAUCAACUUCAGUCUCAAAGCAAUGGCAAAUAUCAGCCAGCCAUUGAAGUUAGAAGCUUAUCAUCAUCAUCGUCAUCUUCUUGCGUCUUGUUCCCUUGUUCUUGCCCUUUGCUUCUUCUCUUCUGUUCCAGUCCAUGCCCUUAACAUUGGUGUUCAAAAAAUAGAUGCAACUGUCUCUGUGAGUAAAGAAUGCAGCAGGAAAUGUGAGUCUGAGUUCUGUUCAGUGCCUCCAUUUUUGAGAUAUGGCAAGUAUUGUGGGCUACUAUACAGUGGAUGUCCAGGGGAGAAACCUUGUGAUGGCCUUGAUGCUUGCUGCAUGAAGCAUGAUGCCUGUGUUCAAGCUAAGAACAAUGAUUAUCUAAGCCAAGAGUGUAGCCAAAACUUCAUCAAUUGCAUGACAAAUUUCAAGAACUCAGGAGGGCAUACCUUCAAAGGAAACAAAUGCCAAGCUGAUGAGGUUAUUGAUGUCAUUUCCCUAGUCAUGGAGGCUGCUUUGCUUGCUGGAAGAUACCUUCACAAGCCAUGAUAUUGAAAUUUAUUUAACCCAAUCAAUUACCCAAAGCCAAUCAAAUCCAAAGCUCAAACAAUUUUCUGGGAAACUUAGUUUUCUCUUCACUACUUUUGUUUUUGUUUGUAUUUUUUUCAAUCUUCAUUGGCUGAAUCUGGGUAAAUUUAUAAUUUGCUAUUAUUCAUACAUUCAUCUUCUUGUUUAAAUUUAUGUAUUUUCUUCAAUUAAUGAUCACUUUUCCUUCAGGAAA